GUUAAACGAAUAAAAAACAAAAAGCAUUCAUGCCGCAGAAAAUAAAACUCACCCCAUCGACUUGAUGGACCCCCCAGCAUCGCGUGUUGCGGCCUCCCUCUCUUGGGCUGCAGAAACGUGACGAAAUUCGAGACUUGGUGGUUAGCAGCCGGGACAUCGACGAAUUUAACCCCACUAACUAAAAACACAUAGAUUGGACGUGUUAUAAUUUUUGCAUCUGGUUUCUGUCUUCGAAGGACUGUAAAAUUGGACAGUGAUUUUGUUUAUAAAUUCCUGGAGAGUUAUUACCAUUAAUAACACGGGGUAAUUAAAAAAAACAGACUCAAUCGGUAAGGGCUUCAAUCUCAUCAACCACAUGGAGUUCCUAACCUGAAAAGUCUCCAAAACCCACUGACAGUAUCUUCCAAUAUUAUUUAUCAGAAACUAAAUAAUAAAUGUAAUUGUAGUGAGAAAAUAGAAAAAUCCGGAAAUAAAAAAUGUUGACGACCAAGACAUUUUUCCGAAAAACGAAGAGUGGAAAUAUCUUUAAGAUAACCCGGGAUCACUACCUCAGGGAUGAUAUCUGGUGCGGAUCAGAGAUCUGUGACAACUGUAGCCCAAAGUUGUCAGGGAAGAUCUUGGACGAGAGCCCAGGGGCUACGAGUUCUUUAAUCAACACUCCGUAUUAUCUACUGUUAGAUACAAAUAUUGUUCUAGACCAGAUUCACAUCCUCGAGGAGGAGCUCAUCUGCAAUGUGGUAAUCCUCCAGACGGUUCUGGAGGAGGUGCGACACCGAAGCUCAAAUGUCUACAAAUCUCUGGCAGAUAUAAUCUCUAAUCCCAAUCGAAAAUUUUACGUUUUUGUUAAUGAGCAUCGAAGGGAAACUUAUGUGGAGAGAAUCAGAGGAGAGAGUGCGAAUGACAGGAAUGACAGGGCAAUCAGAGAGGCCACCAAGUGGUACAAUAGUCACCUGGAGGGGAUAAAGACAGUUCUGCUGACAGAUGACAAUGAUAACAAGGAGAAGGCCCGCAGAGAGGGGCUCCUAGCCUUCACGAUGGAGGAGUACGUAGAGUCACUGGACAACGGUGGAGUUCUUGUAGAUAAAUUAAGUAAACGUCAGUUUGUCCUGGAGGGAAAGGGUGAGCCUCUGUUCCCCUGUCACCUGACCCCAGCUGAGAUUCACAAGGGAAUCACUAGUGGAAAGCUCCUCCAGGGCUCGUUCUUGGCGUCGAGGGAGAAUUUUCUUGAAGGGACUGUCAAUGUGGAGGGAAUGGAUAAAUUCGUUCUCGUUCAGGGAAGAGUUGGCUUGAACAGGGCUGUCGAUGGAGACGUCGUCGCUCUAGAACUUCUGCCAAAGGACCAGUGGACAGCUCCCAGUGAUAUUGUACUCCAGGACGAGGAAGAAGAGGACCCUGGGGAUGUGAUCGACGAGGAGGAAAUUGUACAGAAGCCAACUAAAGAAGUUGAACGCACACCAACUGGCAAAAUAGUUGGCAUCAUUAGACGAAAAUGGCGACAGUACUGUGGUAUAUUGCAGCCAAAUGCUGUCAAAGAGAAUGUAAGGCAUCUCUUCGUGCCAGCUGAGAGGAAAAUCCCCAAAGUGAGGAUCGAGACGAGACAGGCAGAGGCUCUCUACUCGCAGAGGAUCAUCGUGGCUAUCGACUCGUGGCCCAGAAAUUCCAGGUAUCCUCUCGGCCACUUUGUCAGGGCCCUCGGAAAUGUUGGCGACAAGGAGACCGAGAACGAGGUCUUGCUACUCGAGCACGAUGUACCGCAUUCCAGAUUCUCUGAUGAGGUCCUCAGUUUUCUUCCUAAACUGCCAUGGGUCAUUACUGAGUCGGACGUGGCUCAAAGAGAGGAUUUUCGCCACAUCGAUGUAUGCUCUGUGGACCCUCCAGGGUGUACUGAUAUCGACGAUGCACUUCAUUGUAAAGAACUGGAUAAUGGAAACCUGGAAGUUGCUGUGCACAUAGCAGAUGUAUCUCAUUUUAUUCGUCCUGGCACGGCACUUGACAAAGAAGCUGCUUCUAGAGCAACCACUGUUUACCUUGUUGAUAAAAGAAUUGACAUGGUACCAGAAUUACUGAGUUCAAAUCUCUGCUCACUCCGUGGUAACGAAGAGAGAUUCGCCUUCUCCUGUCUCUGGGAAAUGGACCAUUCCGCUAACAUCAUCAAUACUCGUUUCUGUAAAUCAAUAAUUCGCUCUCGGGCUGCAAUGACGUACGAAGAGGCUCAAUUGAAAAUCGAUGAUCCGAGCCAGACUGACGCAAUAGCCAAGUCUCUGAGGGGUCUUAACACUCUGGCAAAGAAACUGAAGAAAAGACGACUGGAGAACGGAGCGCUGGUCCUUGCGUCACCGGAAAUACGUUUUCAAGUUGACAGUGAAACCCAUGAUCCGAUUGAGGUUGAGGCGAAGAAAAUGAGGGAGACCAACUCGAUGGUCGAGGAGUUUAUGCUGCUAGCUAAUAUAUCAGUGGCUAAAAAAAUUGUUGAGGAAUUUCCAGAGUGUGCGAUGCUUCGACGACAUCCCGAGCCACCACAGUCGAAUUUCGAGCCUCUGGUGAAGGCUGGCAAGCACCAGGGUUUCGAGAUAAAUACCCUCUCUGGAAAAGACCUGGCAAAAUCCCUGGAGGCAGCACACAAAGUGGACAAUCCUUAUUUCAAUACGAUGCUGAAGGUACUGGCAACUCGUUGCAUGAUGCAGGCUGUUUACUUCGUCAGUGGAAUGCUUCAGCCAACUGAAUUUUUUCAUUAUGGCCUAGCCUGUCCCAUCUACACCCACUUCACCUCUCCCAUUAGGAGAUAUGCUGAUAUAAUUGUUCAUCGUCUUUUGGCUGUUUGCGUGGGGGCUGACGCCACUUAUCCAGAGCUCCUCGACAAAAAGAAGAGCCAUGCACUCUGCCAAAAUUUGAAUUACAGAAACAGAAUGGCUCAGUACGCUGGAAGAGCAUCGGUUGCUCUUAAUACCCACCUCUUCUUCAGGGAGAGAGUUGAAACUGAGGCUGGGUAUAUUCUCUUUGUCAGGAAAAAUGCACUGCAGAUACUCAUUCCGAAAUAUGGCUUGGAGGGGGUACUGUAUUUGAAUAAGAAGGGAGAAGUUUCUACGGUUAAUUUUGUGUAUAAUCAGGAGGAGCACACCCAGACUUGUGGGGAUGUUGUGUUCAGAAGUUUUGAUCCUGUCGAGGUACAGUUGAGUCUCGACAGAUCUAAUGUGCAGCAUGAGAAACUUGUGUUCAAAUUAGUGAAGCCAGAGAUUCCAGGAUUUAGUGUUCCCUCGCCAGAACCUGAGUCGGCUCCGGUCGAUGUAAAGAUGUCAGAAGCGUCAAAGCGAAAAAGUCCUGAACUUAACGCAAAAAUCUCCGGGCCAAUGAAGAAAAAAGUACGAAGGAAAAGGAACAAACACUGAUUUUAUUAAAAGUGAAUUUCUGUCUUUAACAUUGUGAAUCGUACUGUUGUUACAUGCCUCAGGAUAACAGCGGAAUAAAAAUACAUUUUAUACAGA